UUGCAAUUUAAAAAAAAAAAAAUUUACAAACCCUACUUUAGUUUUUUUGAAUGUAUGUAUUAAUUUUAUUUUGUAUUUGUAAUGUUUUAUUGCAGCAAACUUCACUUUAUUAUUUGUCUCAACUUCAAGUUUCACAAAACUAUCCUAAAAUGUCUACUUCAGCUUCUAGACCCCCCAUGAGAAAGGACCCUGCUUGGAAAUAUCAUGAGGAUUUUCCAGGGCAAGGAAAGGGGCAAACAAAAUGUAUGUUUUGCAAAACAAUAUUCCAUGGAGGUAUAUAUAGGCUGAAAUACCAUAUUGCUGGUGUGCGUGGACAUGAUGCCGAACCAUGCCUAAAAGCAGUCUCUGAGGCCGUACGUGAUUGUUAUGUAAUGGUUGAGGAGAUUGAAAGAAAAAAGAAACAAAAGGAGGAUUGAGCGGCCAUUGGGAGAGAGACAGUUUUAGGAAGAGGGACACAGUUAGGUUGUGUUGGAGGCCCUUCUUCCUUAGCUCCAUAUCGUCCCACUCAGUUUGCUACUGCUGGUGCUUCCGUUUCUGCUUCUACUUCUAUAAGUGGCAAUGCCACCGCCACUUCUCAUGCUCCUACCACUAGUAGUUGUAGUGGGAAUGUUACCAUUGGACCUAGGAUUUGUAAAUCUAGGUUGGAUUCCUUCUUUGUGCCUUGCACUACUCCUGGGUCCCAACCGUCGCUUGAGGGCAUGGGUUGGAACAAGGAGGUCCAUGAUGCUGCUAAAAUGGCAAUUGGCAGGUUUUGGAGCUACAGCUGUAUUCCAUUCUUUGUAGCUAGGUCUCCUUAUUGGCAACAAAUGGUUGAUGCCAUUACCAUAUGCGGGGCGGGGUUCAAAGCUCCUAGUGAGAGUGAUUUGAGGGGACCCAUUUUGUCUCAAAUGGUGGAUGAUGUGAAAAAGGAUUUAGAUGAACAACGCCACAUAUGGAGCACUAAAGGUUGCACCAUCAUGACUGAUGGUUGGACGGAUAGGAGAAAUAGAACUCUCCUUAAUUUUCUUGUUUCUUCCGCAGGUGAUUGAUUAAUUUUAGUUUCA